AUGAAGAAUUUGGACUCGAUGCCCUCUGAUGCGAGCAUUGAAUCCGGAAAUGUUGACGGUAUGAAAAGAAUCUGUUCAGCUGACUGUUGGCAGCUAGACAUACACCGAGCUUAUCGCCUCGAGACGAUUAGGCAUUGGUUCAUCUUCCUACUUGCCCGGUGGCUCGCUGUUGCGCCAUCCUCCUCGCAGACAUUUUAUGCGAAUGGGCAAUGCAAAAACCGCUUCCAUUUGGUGGUGAGUGAAGCAGCAUCUACCCGUUCCUCCCUUAUUUCAUUGUGUGCUAGUACUCCUCCUUUUCCCCCAGAGCGGCAGGGUUGUCUGAUCCCACCCAAACACAACCGUUUCUGUUGCUCGACUAACUACAGCUUAUCUGUCACUCGACCCGAAGACGGCUAUAAACUAUGGCAGAGGGGCACGAAUGCGAUCAAACCUGCCACUCCUCCUCUGACAUUCGAGGCUGUCGGGCAUGUGGAUGAUCAGCUGACCGACUGUCUGGCUGGUCGGCUGGCCGGCCGCUCCGGUGACCUGGAGGCUGGCUUAAUGGUUGGCAGACUUUUCUGCUGGGGAGCUCAACAUGAGGGAGGCAACUGUAGCCGACGGAAUAGUAUGAAAACAUCAUCUCAUUGGAGGGAUGACAUCCCUUUCCCCCUACGAGUGGCAUACCACGAGGCCCGCCCUUUGUAUCCGCUCCCCUCCCCGGUACGUUUCUACUUCCGCCAUACCGCUUCUUCUUAUCCGUUGGUCACUUCGCCUACUCUUCUUGCUCUUUCUCUCUCGGCCUGCUUCUUCAAUGCCUUCCGAGUGAAUGGGCUCUCCUACUUAUUCGUAAAGAGUCAAAUACCAUAA